AUGGUUCACAGCACUUUAGAAGAUGAAUGGAAGGAUGAAGCAUAUAUACCGGAAGUUAUGGAAUCAUUACUCUCAAAGAAUAAACUAAUUAAAGAUGAAAAAUAUAUGCGACAACCCGAUGAAUCAAUAAAUCAUUUUGGACGAUGGCUUUUUGGAAUUAUCAGUGUAGCUAUCACUCUUGCAUUUAUGUUCUUCUUCUUAUCAAAUAUCUAUAAACGAGUAUCUGUGAAACGAUCUGAUCCACUUAUUCAUUCUUCUUCUGAUUUUAUUGAUUCGUAUGAUCAAGAAGAAAGCAAUGAUCAUAUAUUUGACAUUCAACAGAUCACUGAUAAUGCUGAUAAUGCUCAACAACAAUUCGAUGUGAUCAAUGAAAAUUCAGCUAUAUCACAAUAUGAUAAUGAUAAAUCACAAAAAUCAAUUAAAGAUGAUGAUAUAACAGAAGCAGUGCAACAGAUAAAAUUAGACGAUGAAGUAUUUACGAAAUUUUUAAAACCACUAAUCCUCUCAGAUAUAUCUAAAACUACACUUACAGAUGAAAAAUUUUUCAAUUUACCUACCUUUACUGUUACUCCUACUUCUAUUCCUACUACAAGUAAAAUUACUUCAGCUACUGAUAAGAAAUAUAAAUUUAAUGCAUAUAUUAAAACUUCUUUGCGUCCAAAACUUUUUAUUGUAAAUGCAAGUCUUUCAAAUUUAUUAAAUGCUACAAAAACUAAUUUACAUUCAAAUUCUAACACAACAAAUGGAACAUUAUUGUUUGAUAAAAAUUCAGUAACACCAAUUAUUCGAAAAUUCUCAAAUUUUAGUAAAAUUAAUUCACAAUUUACUAAAAGCAAAGAGAAAAAUGAUAGUAAUAAAAUUACUAUUACAACGACAAAAUUUACCGCACAUUUACGAAUAACGACAAUUUCAACGGUAAAUGUCACCAUUGCUUUAUCACGAAUGCAACAGGAAGAUAACAGGAUGAUAAGCAAUGAAGAAAAUGAGAAUGAUUAUGAAUAUGAAGAUAUUCUGUAUCUAAGGCCACCUGUUGCUACAACAAUAACAACAACAACAAUGACAACAACAACAGCUACUACUACUACUACUACUAUUACAUUCCAUCAAUUCAGUCCAAUAUCACAAUCUCAUGAUCAUCAUGAUCAUCCCCAUCAUCAUCAUCAUCAUCAUCAUUAUCAUCAUCAUCAACAUUAUCAUCAACAUCAUCAGUGCACACAUGAUGAUCGUCAAUCACCAGUGAUUGUCACAGCCUUAUUUGACAUUGGUCGUGGAAAAUGGCCUAGAUAUACGAGGACUUAUGAGCAAUACAUGAAUUACCUGAAGCAUUUAUUGAAAUUAAGAAAUUGUCUUAUCAUUUACACUGAUGCAAGUGGAGCAAAAUUUGUACGACAAAUGAGAAAUGCUGAUAAUACUAAGAUAUUUGAAAUGUCUAUGCAUGAUCUCCCGUUAUAUAGGUAUCGAGAAGAAAUGGAAGGUAUUAUUCGACGAGAACAACAAAAUUGGCAAUUUGGUCCAAAAAUGCGUUAUCAUCCGGAAGCAAAUAGCGCUGAUUACAAUAUAAUUGUUAAUUCAAAGCCGUAUUUUUUAUAUAAUGCAACACAAAAUGCUCAAUUUCAAGCUUCUGAUCGGAUGUUUGCCUGGAUUGAUGCCGGAUAUGGUCAUGGACGAGAAGGAAUUAUUCCAAGUCAUUGUCACUGGCGACCAGAACUUCAACGUGAUCGUAUGACAGUUAUUAAAUUGACACCAGCACAUGACAAAGUAUCCAGAUAUUCAAUAACUGAUCUAUAUCGUGUUGAUUGGGUUGUAUUAAGUGGUGGUUUUAUUGCUGGUGAUAGUCAUACCAUUAAUCGUUUCUAUCGAUUUUAUCAAAAAUCAUUUAUGGAAUUGUUAGAUUCUGGAAGAAUUGAUGAUGAUCAGACAGUGCUAACAUUAAUGCUUAAGCAUUAUGCAACUUUGUUUAAUCCGAUAUCUAGCAAUGGUGAUUGGUAUGCUGUAUUUCGACUAUUUCCGUGUAAGAAUAGCUAA